AAUUAAAUAAAAUGGGACCCUAUCUUGCAACACCAAAUGUUGAAAAAUCAACAUUUAAAGGAGAGAAUGAAUAAUUUAUCUUUGCAGCAACUCACAUGCAAGGUAUAAUAAAAAUUCUAUAAAUUAAAAGGUUGGAGAAAUACUAUGGAAGAUGCUCAUAUAUCUAAGUUAGAUAUUGAGCCAGGAGUUUCCUUAUUUGCUGUAUUUGAUGGACAUGGAGGCAAUGAAGUAGCCAUCUUUGCUGAGAGACAUUUUGAGGAAGAAUUAUUGAAAAAUUCUAAUUACAAAAAGAAAAAUUAUAAGCAGGCUUUAAUUGAUACCUUUCUGUAGAUAGAUCAACUACUUUUCAAACCAGAAGGUCAGGAGGAAUUAAAACAAAUUAAAGGGAAUACUGAAGGUAGAGUUUUUUUUAAUUAAUUUUGAUAGAAUUACAAGCAGGAAGUACAGCAAAUGUUGCUUUGAUAGUUGGGAAAAAAGUUUAUUUAGCUAAUGCUGGAGAUUCAAGAGCCAUGUUGUGUAGAAAUAAUACUCCUUAUGAUUUGAGUAAGGACCAUAAACCAGAUAUUGAAAAAGAAAAAAGAAGAAUUGAGUUAGCUGGAGGUUUUGUAUCGAAUGGGAGAACUAAUGGUAUUGAAUUUAACUUAAGGAAAGGAAAUUUAUCAUUAAGUAGAGCUUUAGGAGAUUUAGAAUAUAAAAAAGAUGAGAAAUUUAGGCAAGAUGAACAAAUAAUUAUAGCAGUUCCAGAUGUGAAAGAGGAAGAAAUUUAAGGAAACGAUAAGUAAUAUAUUUUAAUAAGUUUUAGAUUUUUAUUGAUGGGAUGUGAUGGAGUUUUUGAGAUUUGGGAACAUGAAUAAAUAAUUAAUUAUGUGAAUUCAUAGCUCAAGUACAAAGUGACAUAAGAAAUUAUUUAACAAGCUGCAGAAGGAUUGCUUGAUUAAGUAAUCGCUAAGGACACUUAAAGUAUAAAUAUUUUAGUUAUUAAUAGAUGGCACUGGUUGUGAUAAUAUGACGUGCAUUAUUGUAUAUUUUAAGUAAUGAGAAUAUAUA